UCAGACGAAGAUGGCUUCAGAACAAGCUGUGAAGGAAGAGCGAUCAGAGGAUGCUGGAAGGUUGGACCGGGAAUCAGACCAGCCAACUCAGCAUCCGACCGGCGUGAUUGAGACCAUUCAGGAAGGCACCAAGUCCAUCUUGAAAGCCGUUAAAGAAGCUGCCGGUGGCAAAGCUCAUGACCCUUCUGAUACGACCAGAGAAGGUGCCUACGUUUCCGGAGACCGUGAAGCUAUGGGUUCUACCGCUGGCGGUAAGAUGGGUGAAUACAAAGAAUACACGGCCGAGAAGGGCAAGGAAGGGAAGGACUCUACCACGUCCAAGCUAGGCGAGUACAAGGACUACACAGCUGAUAAAGCAAAGCAAGGGAAAGAUGCAACUAUGGAGAAGAUGGAGGAAAGCAAGGAUUACACUGCAGAGAAGGCCAAGGAAGGGAAGGAUUAUAACGUUCAAAGGCUAACUGAACUCAAGGAGUCGGCAAUGGAUGCUGCUCGACGUGCGAUGGAGUUGUUGUCCAGCAAGAAAGAAGAGACUAAGCAGAAGGUUGCUGACACCGGAGAGGCAGCCAAGGAGAAGAUGGGUGAGAGCGAUGAAGGGGUGACAGAGAAGAUGGAAGAGCUGAAAUCAAUAGCGGAGGAGUACAAGAAGAAGAUGGGCGAGGUCGAGGAAGCGGCGAGACAGAAGUUGGAAGAGCUAAAAUUGAAAGGGAAGGAGUACAAGGAAAAAGGUGGUGGACACAGGGCUGGAGAGGCUAAGGAUACGGAGACAACUGAGAGGCAGGAAGAUGAGGCGAGGGGGAGCAUACUGAGUACCAUAAAGGAGAAGCUAAUGGGUUCGAGUGAGGAGGCGGAGCAGAGACGGGAGCAAACUAAGAAAUACAAUGGAGGGGAAGUUAAGGCGGAGGGUCUCCAUGAAACCGUGGAUACUCCCGUCGAUGCAUCGGCGGCUACUUUCAAGACUUCCGAUCAGAUGUCCGGUCAGACUUUUAACGAUGUUGGAAGGAUGGGAGAAGAGGGGACCGGUCGUAGGGAUCGUGAUCCUCAUGGCAAGAUCUGAUAACCAUAUGGGUGUCAUUGCUCUCUGCUUUCUUGCAUGGAGAGUGCUGUGUCUAGUGUGCUUAUGUUUACUGUACU